GGAGAGAGAGAGCCUUCCACCAAACACGUAUCCCAUCACACACUCUUCCAUCCACGCUCAAUCCAUGCCACCGCAUUUUGACGCUGGAUACAUAAUCUACCGCACGCCUCAUCAGUCCGUCCGUCUCCUACACCCACACCCAUCCCGAUUCAUCCACAGUACGUCGGUCAAAUCCCGUUCGAACAAUUGUUGCCCUUGACCUGGCCAUCGUUGUUUCGGAGAAGAAGAAAAUCGAAGCAGACGCCUCGGGAAAAUCAAAUCAAAAUAAGAAUAAGAAAAGAAAAGAGAAGGAAAAGCAGACAGAGUGUCUGCGACUCGCCUUCGCGCUAAUACAUAACAUAUAUACGGUAUUCCACCCCACCAACCUUGGUCAGAUCGACGCACCAUCCCACCGGGCAUUCGCUGCCUUUCUUUUACUGUCGCGUCUCCACUCAAAUCCGCGCUGCCUUGAUGGCAAUGGCAACACGCAAGUAAAGAACGUACCAGACCCAAUUGUUUUACUGGCGGUGAACUACCGUAUUCGCAAUAGGUCAAAUCCCCUCGGAGUUGCUCUUUUCGCUCAUAUUCAUCCACAGUCGCCGGUUAUAUAUAAAGCGGCCUCGAGUCAAUCCCCCAAGAGGUGGAGGGAAUACAGCACCAGGUCACUGGUUAAGAAGCCGGUCCGGCACGGGUGACGUCGUGAGCCUACAAUCCGGUUCAGCAAACUUGUGAUUAUAGUGAGUUUAGUCUCGUUCUCAUUGCCUACUGGAGAUCGCCCAGGUUACUCGUUCUCUUGUCAGUGGGCAUCACCACCCGAAUUUCCGUUUCGUGUAUUCUGUGGCUGAAUUGGGGGUGGCACACUUUUAUGUGACGCCUGGUUCGUUUAAUGCCUGUCCAAUAGCUCAUACUGGUACUCAAGUACAGUUCUGACUGGGUUAAAAGUCUUCAGAAGCGGCUUCGCUAUUAGAGAAAAAUCUCAACUGAUCUGGGGGGUGGGAGCUCUAAGCAUGGUUGGCUCAGAAGUGGAUCAGAAAUACAUAGGCACCUUUGCGAAGGAUACGGCAGAUCUGAAUACGACGCUCUCGGCCGGCCUCUACAAACUCCUAGGCUUAUCAACACUUCUUUCGCGGAAACUCUUGCGGGCCCGGAAACAGCGAAAGUUAGAUCCGACCCGAACUACCAAGUCGCUCGACCUUUAUCGCCACAUAAUAUGGAUGGCGCGAGAAGGCCUAACCAUCCUACAGAAUGAAAUUCAGCCUGAAAUGGCAAAUUACGUAGGACCCAAGUAUGCUUCUCUGGACGAACUUCGGGUGCUGGUUGCGAAGCUCAAUGCCUCGUUCCUUCACAUAUUUGUUCUGUUUGAUCACACAUAUCAGACAAAGACAGCUAUGGUCCCGCAAGUUCCUAAGAUGACGAAUGGAGUCAACGGAAUGGCGCACCUCAGCGGUUCGUUGGGGAUAAAUGGUCCGGGUGCCAUCAACUCAUCCUAUGCUUACAUCACACCUACCCUUGAUGCCUUCAGCAGGGCGGAAGGAUGUGCUCGUGAGCUAUUGGCGGGAUCGCAUCCACUUAGGUUAUCUGUGAAGUUGGAGUAUAGUGCCUUUCUUUAUGAUUGCACGAAGGAUUACGAUAAUGCUCGGCACACUGCACAGAGGGCUGUUGAUGAGGCGGUCGCUUCCAUGGAUGCAAUGCCUGAUGACGAGGAGGCAUUCGAAGAUUACAUGGAGUUGGUGGGCAGCCUGGGCGUUUUAGCUAAGCGGGGAGAGCCAUCUCCUAAGCCCUCUCCCCGAAUGAGCGACUACAUUGACGAUAUGGCCAACGGCCAUGUGAUAUGAGAUAUGAUGAGUCAGCUCAGUUACAACGAGGAACCUUGCAAUGAGGAAGGUUUGUAUGGGAUUGUAUCAUAGGCUAUGCGGAGUGGAGUGAAUUUUUCGGUCGAUCCUUAGUAUUAGGAUUUUCUACCGAUGCGGAGGACUUUGUUCCUUUCUCUCGAGGGCGAUCCCUUGCAGUGACAUUACUUUUGAGUACGGUAUUCCUUUUGUUCGAAACACUGAAAAUGGUUUGCCAGGUGGUCGUUUACGUUUUUUAUGUUAGGGGUUUUUUGGUAUGCUAUGGGGGCAUGCAAAUCGUUCCUUUUCCAUUUACUUGGGGUGGGGGAUUUUCGGUUUUUCUGCUCAUCACAACUCUAGAUUUGUGUUUGUAUUUGAUAUCUUGCACAUGCUUUUUUUUUUUCUUAUUGCUGAAACAUCUGUAUGUAACGAGGUGACAUGGGGUGGGAAUCGUGCCAGUGUUAGUCUUGCUGGUGACGUUUGCAGAUUGGGUUCUCUGCGGUUGAGGAAUGGCAGCGCACUAGCACGAGAGCCUGCGAUGAGUAGUGGAAGGGUAUCGGAAGGAUUUGGGUGGAAGAAAAAUGUGUUCGGACAUUGGAAUUCAAGUUCCCCUUUGC